UGGCAGCGCCCAUGAAGAGAACAACGCUUUGAGAUGUUGUCCAUUGUUUAGCUAUGUUUUUUUCACUAAGAUGGAUUCGUCAUUCCGUAAAGUCGUUCAGAAGAAGAUUUAUGAUGUCCUAUCUCACAAAUACGGCCUCAUUCUAGUGAUUUUCGGCGUAUUUGCUCUUGGAAUAUCUGCGUUUCAUUUCGGGGAGGCUGUGGUUGACUGGAGCAGGGAGAAGUACGCAGCUGUUUUCAACUCCUUCAGUGACAAUGUUGCUGGAAGGUCCUUCAGACAGAGGCUAUGUCUACCAGUGCCCAUUGACGUUGUGUAUACAUGGGUCAAUGGCACAGAUGAAAGUCUGGUGGUGGAGCUGCGCAGAGUUAAGAGGGACAUGGAGAGAGAGCUAAACAUAACCAGGGAGGAGAAAUGUUCAUUCAGCAACUGCAUCCCAGCUGCUAUGGCCAUCCUUAAUCCUAUGAUACCAAUGGCCUUGACCCUGACCCAGCUGGUGGAACUCUACCCAGCAUUCUCAGAUGCGACCUCGUUGUUUGACCUUCAGUCUGAGGGAGAGGACAAGCUCAAUAUCACAGUUGUGACAUUCGGCAAUGAAACACAUGUGAAUCCUGUUGUUGACUUGAGCCUUGUGAUAUAUGGGAUGAAUAUCACCGUGUCUAAAGGUUUCUAUACGUCGGACCCCUCUGUCCCGAGGGGGAUACAGCUGAAAGACACCAUCCUCAUGUCAGGGUUCCCGCACCAGUACACGCAGGAGGAGCUCACCGCCAAGCUGCCGAACCCGGUCCACAAGAUUGAUUUGUAUUCAGACAAAGGAAUUGCUGUGCUGCAUGUACCAAAGAAAGAGGACUUUGACAGUCUUGUGAAUAUAAAGAACUUCACCCUGGAAGGCAAGGAACCGAUCCUGCAUGCUGCCAAACUAGUGUGGGAUCUUCGCGAUUUUUCUCGAGAUGAAGAUAUUGCUGCCAGUCGCUUUGAGGACAAUGAGGAGCUGCGGUACUCCCUCCGGUCAGUAGAGAAGUUCGCUCCCUGGGUGCGCCACAUCUACAUCGUGACCAACGGUCAGCUGCCCUACUGGCUGGACCUGGAGAGUUCCCGAGUCACCAUCGUCACUCAUGAGGAGAUUUUCCCCAACAAGAGCCACUUGCCAACCUACAGUUCCCCGGCCAUUGAGAGCCACCUUCACCGUAUCCCAGGGCUGUCAGACAAGUUCAUCUACCUCAAUGACGAUGUCAUGUUCGGAUCAGAAGUGUGGCCUGAUGAUUUCUUCUCCUAUGCUACCGGACAGAAGGUGUAUCUGACGUGGCCGGUGCCCAACUGUAACGAGGGCUGUCCGUCCACAUGGAUCAAAGAUGGCUACUGUGACAAGGCUUGUAACAACUCCGAGUGUGACUGGGACGCAGGAGACUGUGAUGGUGAUGCAGGCAGAAUACAGCUUGGAGCUGGGUACCAGGGAGGAUAUGGGGACCCAAGUCUACAGGCUAUAGCAUACUGUAAUACUGGAUGUGCCAACAACUGGAUAGCUGACAAGUACUGUGAUACUGCCUGCAACAUCAAGAAGUGUGGGUUUGACGCUGGUGAUUGCGGAACCAAGAACUACGAAGAGCUGUAUGAGAUCCCUCUGUCAUUUUCAGAGAUUAACUAUCGACUUCCACCAGGAGAGUUUGUGGGCUUCUUCAACCUGACGGACAUAGUCAUGUCAGAUGGGAUGAUAACAGAGGCAUUUUACAAUGACAGCAGCAUCAUCAGACAGGUUGCCGUGGGCAACAAGUAUAAGGUCAUGACCAUCGUUCUGCAGCAUGACCACAAUGAAACGACCUUGCACUUCCAACUGAAGGGCCACCAAGGAGCGAAUAGAGGAUUCAGAUUCAACUUCACGCUGACGGUGAACACCAACAAGACCCUGAUGGGCGUGUAUGAGAAGCAGGCAAAGAAGAAGGCCAUGAACCUCACCGACGCUGUGGAUGGAGAUUGGGAUGAGGAGGACGAUUUGGUGGUCAUACAGGAAGUGCCAGAGGAAGAGCAGCAGCCCAGACCGGUGCAAGGGUUACGGGGGGUGGGAGCAGGUCUACCAGUCAUCCCCCCAGGUGUUGACCGGAACCUGACCAGUGUGAUUGUGCCAGCUGUCAUCAGACAUGAGUUGGGGGCACUGAACAAGGCCUUGCUAGAAGGUGACCUCACACAAAAAGGUUUUGAAAUUAAAUGGAAGGUUCUCUAUGCCAAGUACAUGAAAAUAAAAGAUGAUCCUAACUAUCCACUGGAAACAAAACAGUCACUCAAUGGCACAAAGAACAUUUCUAAUAAUAGUCAGGAGUUAAAUAACACAGGGCAAGGUUCUAAUGUGAAAGGUCAGGGGUCAGAUGGAGAGGCACACCAGAAUUUAAGGAAGCUUCUGGCAAUACCAUCGGACUGGCGCCAGGAGAUUAUGAGCAUCAAGCCACAGGAGAAGAAAGGAUCGGAGUUGAUAACAUAUUCCCAGGAUGAGGCAGCAAUGUCAGAUAGGAUCUAUGGUAGAAAUAAGAAUGAGGUUGUGGAAGACUUUCUAGACAAGGUGAAGGUUGGCGAGGAGACUGGUGUUCUCCCAUGGGAGAGGAAGAAUCUGUUAAGUGAACUGCAGAAGAUGAGAGAGAAUGUGCUGAGAGCCAGUGAGUUUGAGUCACCUCAUCACAAUGGCCGCCGUCUGCUGGACACUUUUGGAGACUCUCUUCGUCACGUCAACAAGCUCUUCAACAAGGCCUUUGGAUUCGUGGCGAGGAAGGUGCCCGCUCACAUGCCACACAUGAUUGACAGGCACAUUAUGGCCGAUCUACAAGCCCAGUUUCCCAAUGAGUGGGACGUGACGUCUUCCCACAAGGUGCGACACUCGAAGGACAUGCAGUACGCCUUCUCCUACUUCUACUACCUGAUGGGCGUCUCCGAGCAAGUGACUCCGGAGUCUGUGUUUGAUGAGAUGGACACAGACCACUCACGUGUUUUAUCUGAUCGAGAACUGAGGACGUUUGCCGCUAGAAUGUAUGACUUGCCACUGUAUCUGGAGACUCUGCAGGGACUGGAGCAGAUCUUUGUCAACUGUUCCAACCAUCUUCAAGAGGAGCAGAAGUCUGCGUAUGCGCCCCCCACACAGGAAGUGUACUACGAUAAAACCAUGCCACAAGUGACAAGGCAUCUGUUUCUCAGCUGUGGGGGUGUGCUGAAGCUGGUGAAGGACAAGUUCAAGCCUAAACCAAAGUUCAAAUAUACAACUGUGGAUGACUCUGACGUCACAUUCUACAUGAUCCGGACCAACGUCUCAAGUGUAGUCGGUCAACUCGAUAAUGUCCGCAAACACUCCAAGAAGUUCAUCUGUCUCAAUGACAACAUCGAGCAUGGAUCCGAGGAAGCCAGAACUGUUAAAGCAGUUCUUCAGGACUUCUAUGAAUCGCUCUUCCCAAUACCAUCACAGUUUGAGUUGCCACGUGAAUACAGAAACCGAUUCCUUCACACAGAUGAACUGCGAGAGUGGCGGCAGUAUCGAGACUGGCUGAAGUUCUGGACCCAUCUGGCUCUCAUUGUGCUGGUCAUCUUCACCAUUGUGUCCUUCUUCGGAGAUAAGAUCGAAGCUGCUCAUCGCAGACUUGUCAGAGUAGCAUCCCACAAAGAUCAAGAUGGAAGUGGGCCAGCCAAUGAGGAAGGUGAAUCCUCUUCGACCAAUGGAAGUGGAUCGUCCAAUAGCCAAUCAAAACAAAGCCCUCUCCUGCCUGUUUGACGGUUCCUGCUCUGGCUUAUCUCCCCUGAUGUUGUCUUGGUUCUGCUUAUUAUAAUUCUUGUUAUUGUCAUUGCUUUGCUUGUGAUCGAGGUGAGGAAGUUCUAAGUGGACUUCUUACUCCUUACUGUGAAGCAUGGCAGAGAGUUGUGAUAAGUGACGACAUACAACUACUUUUAUAUCUGGUGCCUUAGUACAGAUGAUCUCAGCACAAACAUAUCACUUACAAUUUUAGUUUUUGCAACAGAUGUGUAUUUCUUGAGUCUUUCCAUAUUAGCAGAAUGCAGGGUAUGCAUAUUAUGAUGUGGUUUAAUUGUAUGAUAAAGUCAUUCAAAGAAUCUGCAGAAGUUAAAGAUUUUUUCGGGUUGACAGAGUUGUGUUUAAUGAGGUUAACACGCAGCCCUGGUAUAUAUGAUAUAGGUUUUGGAAGUUGGUAGCAUCAUGUAGGGCCAGACCAAUAUUCAUUUACAAAUUGUAAAGAGGGUUGAUUUGAUGUCAAAAUUCUUGAAAUAAGAGUUUAACACAACAAUACAAAAAAGUUAGAUGCUUUUUCAUGCAGCAAACAGUACCGGUAUAUAUAUUUUUUUGGAACAAGGAAAAUAAAUGGGUCUUCAAUGAUUAUUCAAUUUUAACAGUUUUUCCACAGUUUUAGAUGUUACUAAGUUGUUACAGGGGGACUAGGCUUGGGUUAUUUGCAGUCCUACCAAGUGAUAUUUCAUUAAAUAAAACACCACUGAUUUAAUUCGAUAAAACACCACUAUGUUUGUAUGCUAACUCAAAGGGUAGGAUGAUAUGAGUCGAGCAGUUACUUAUUACCUUUUUGUACAGAGACCUUGCAACAUCUGGACUUACCAUAGUCCCUCUGUAACAGAAACGCUGUGUGUAGAAGUUGUGCAGUAGUCAUGCUGCCUGUGUUAUUGGCUGAGUUCUAUAAACAUCACAUGUAUCUUGUAUUUAUUGACCACCAGAUAUAAAAGCAGGUUGAUAUGGAAUACAAAUUAACAAACUAAUUUUCAUCCAAAUAUUUAACUUUUGCAGACCUAUGAAGAAAAAAUUGGAUCAUAUUUUCUGAUUUUGUGUUUCGUCAGUAUUUAUACAGGCAAAGGUUGAGAUACAACCAUACUAGAGGUAAGGAAUUCAUUCCACAUUUCUACCAUACCACCGUGGUGCAAAAGAAAGUCUUGAAAAUUAGUCUGUAUAAAUUUGUAUAUAUCCAAGAUAUCAGGGUAGAUUUGACAGAGCGAGGAAGUUGUUUUCUAAUAUUAUUUUUAUAUCAUGCAUCAAUCAUCACUUUUGUUCAUAUCAUUUUUGGGUAUCCAAAAUGGUUUUACCUUCAAGCAAAGCGGAAUGGUGUAAGCCAGGCUGUAUGUAGUAUUGUGCUGUUAUAAUACUGCUGUUAUAAUACUGCUGUAUUGUGAUGGUGGGUAGCAGAUGGGCGAGGACAUCUCUAAUCAGUUAAUAUUUACACAGGGGGUGGGUGCCCUGUAUUGCCCUGUGGGAAUGCCCUGUGAUGGGCGGUAUCAAUGAUAAAUCAUUGCAGCUGGUAAAGUGAUACCGGCUUGAAGCAGGUGGACCACUGGUCGAUAGAGUGAGUACCAACCUGCAGAGAUUAGAAAACAAGUAUUGCCCAGUGAUAACCCCCAGUGAUGGGCGGUAUCUAUGAUAUAUCAUGAUAGCUUGUAAAGUGCUACCGGCUUGAGGCAGGCGGACCACUGGUCGAUAGAGUGAGCAAUCUUCACAGAGAAAACCAAAGUAUCGCCCAGCAGCAAGAAGUUAAAGUUUCUUGUUUUCAAAACAGCUGGGCUGUUACCAUUUUAUUUUUUCAAAUGACAUCAAUGUUACCGUAUUAUGUUUUCAAAAUGAGCUGCAGUGUUAUCUAUAUUUGUGUAUUGAUACACUCUCAAACCUCACAGCUUAGAAUUGGUCUUCCAUGGUAGCGGCAGCCCACCCAGGUCUGUCUAGGCUCAGAAGCCAUUGUGACUGCCAGGUACACAUUUUGUCAUGUUGCCCUGGAAGCCCCAUGGAGGGAUGACAUUGCUUUCAUGGAAAUAGUAUGUCAAUAAAUUAGGGCUCGAACAAGAAGAAACAAAUGGACUUGAGUUUCCGCAUUCGUGACCAACUCGUGUUAUUCCGGGACAUGCUGAAUAGCGACUCGUGCCCCUCUCAUGGCCAAUUUUGCGACUGGGUUCCGUCUUAGGGCAAACGAGCAUAGCUAAAAGAAUGAUUCACAUAUAUUUCCCAGCUAUCAUAUGUAUUCCAGAUGCUAUUUAAGCCACAUCAGGACUUAAGGUAUUAUACAGUAUGAUUGAACACAUUUAACUGUAUCUUGGGUAUAUUUUUUGAUGCAAGACAUAUGUAAAAUCAAAAAUUAUUGCUUAGGGAAUUAUUGAAAUUAUUUUCACACAUAACAUUCAUCGAUAGGGGGACGAGUCUUCUUGCAGGUUAUGGAAAGGGGCGAGUGGUGACGAAUGGAAUUCCCGUUUCUCAUAACCCAACCUGAACUGGAGUACCCAUUUCUCAAAACGUAAUCUGGACUUAAGUACCCAAUUUAACGAUAAUAUGCCACACAAUCAACGUUUUUUGGUCUUUUUCUUAGCUUCAUCUUAGCUAAAAUGCAUCCUGACACUGUACUGUUUCUCUUCUGUGUCUGCAACACAAGUGUUUGAAAAGUAAAGAUGUUAGUUAUCUCCCAUGAUUGGGUACUCAAGACCUUGACAUUGGUCUAUCUAAACACGACCCGUGCUCGAUUACUCCAGUACCCCAGUACCCAUCAGAGCCCUACAAAUAAUGGUUUAUCUGUAAUUUAAGUUCCAUUUUCACUUUUGUUCCAGACAUCUCAUUUAAUGAGUCUGUUUUAACAACAUUAGGGGAUGCUGAACUUGGUCUUUUACAAUUAUUUAUUCCUGAAAUUGAAUAAUGGUAAUUCUAUUUCAAUUUCUUCUUGUAAAUAUUUCCUUGUGUAAUUAGUGCUGCUUAAAUAUAAGGGACUGACCGUUUGAUAUUCUGGUGGGGGCCUGAGAUUUUAUUGAAAAAAAUAAAUUGUCCGAGAAAAUGCUUGAAAAAAAAAAAAUUAAACACCAGACAGUACGAAAAAAUAAUUGUCUGCCAUCAAAAA